AUGGGUUUUUGUGGGUCCUUUUUUAGGAUUUCAUUAUUCUUAUGGAUAUAUAUUGUUGGCUUGUUUCUUGCUCUACUUGCUUGGUUUACUUUCACCAUUUUUUUGUUGUUGGUUACAAAUAAAGAUGCCGGUGAUAUGGUGUCUAAGAUUAGGGUUGGGGAGCAUACGAUUGGGAAUUAUUAUAAUGAUUGGGUGCAACAUCAUGUUGUUAAUGGAUAUAAUUGGGAAGGUGUAAGGAAGUUUUGUUUGGUUGAAUCUCAAAUAUGUCAUUCUCUUCCUCUUGGAAACUUAACAACAAUUCAGUCUAGCUGCUGCAAGCCACCAACAUUGUGCAAGUUUACAGCAAACUCGACAUACUGGGAGGGCCCACCUUCCUCAAUGGAAUCGGACUGCAAGACAUGGAGCAAUGAUGAAGACAAAUUGUGUUACAAUUGCAAGUCAUGCAAAGCAAGUGUUGAAGCCAAACUUAGAAAAAAAUGGCCACUUUACUUUUCAAUCAAUUUCAUUAUUCUAGCCAUUAUGUUUUUGAUCCAUAAUAUCUCUUUUUGGGUUGUUUUUACCCAUGAGUAUGGUUUAUUAGAGUGUAUUUAGUAAGAAUCAGGUCUUAUCUAAAUUAAAUAGUAAAUAUAUUACUUUCCUAAACAAGAGUUUAAAUUCGAUUCUCAUACAAUUC